CAUAUAUUUCAUGCAUCGAAAUAAUCAUCAUCAUCAUCAUCGCGAACGAGCAAUACAUUAUUUAUUUAUUACAAAGUGAAGAAAUGACGGCUACGGCAUCGAGCUCGGCUACGCCAGCAGCAGCAGCGGUAACGACAUUGGCAGCAACAACGACGACAGUCGCGGCACCGACAGUCGUAGACCGGCGUCUUCUUCGCGAUCGAUGCCUCCGUGGAGUCGGGGCCGCCGCGCCGGUGCAGGCCCCCGUCAGCCAGAUUAUUAACGCGCACUAAGUCUCAGUGCGUGUGUGAUAUUUAUUUAUGAUAUAAUAGAAAAAAUAUUAUAUUGUAAAGGAGAAAAGAAGUAUAUAUCAAAUUCGGUGCGCGUGUGUUGUGUUGCAGAAUUUCUAGAGAGAGUAUAUCAAGUGCGCGAGAAUACAUAAUAUUUCGUCGGUGAUUUUACGUGAUAUAUUAUAUAUUUAUUAAAAAAGAAUCGUGUGUAACUUGUGUUAUUGCAACUAGCCCAGCCCCCCCACUUGUUCAGUUGUUGUCAGUUGGUUUUUGUUUGAAAGUUCUUUUUUUAGUUGGUUUUUUUUUUUGAGUUGGUUUUGGUUUGAGUUUUGAUUUUGUUCGCGCGCCCGCCGCUUUUCCGAACGGAAAAAGAAGCGAGAGGAAGAGGAACGAACAGCGGUCGAAGAGAGAGAGCUUGGACUCACAAGCUCCCACAACGGAAUCCAAGAUGCCGCACGUCAGCAGCAGCGGCGGCGGCGGAGACGACCUCGGCAGCGAGGACGAGGUCAAAGUCUUCAAGGACGAGGGCGAGGACGAGAAGCGCUCGUCGGAGAACUUGACCGAGGAGAAGAGCUCCCUCAUCGAUCUCACCGAGUCGGAGGAAAAAGUAUCUCUCGCCGGUGGUGGCUACGGACCAAAAUCGUCGUCGAGAUCGGACCUCAGUCCAGUCUUCGGAAAAGUUGAUCCAACGCCACACACGUCAUCCUUCAACAUGGGCUAUCUUGUUUCGCCGUAUCCAUACCCCAACGGAGCGGGUGGACCAAUUCCAGUUUCUAUGGCAAGCAAAAUGGGUCUGGCGGGGGCGCAUCCGAGCGGACUGCCGUUUUUCUGUUCGAACGGCGAUCACUUGUCGCAGCCACCGCCGGCGCACAUGGGCAUACCGCCCUACGGAAGCCUGGACGCUGGGAAAGCUGCAGCGGCUGCCGGUCUCACGAGGGCGCCGAUGUAUCCAUUUUCUACGGGGCAGUAUCCGUAUCCGAUGCUCAGUCCCGACAUGUCGCAGGUAGCUGCGUCUUGGCACACGCCGAGCAUGUACCCGAUCUCGCCGGCCAGCGCCGGCUUCCGAAGUCCCUACCCCACGAGUUUACCUAUCAGCAGUUCCAGUUUACCCAGCGAUCUCUACCGGUUUUCGCCGACGGGAUUGAUGCCGCCUCACCCGGGCCUGAGCACGCACGCGCACGCGCUCGCGUCGCACGCUCUCGUCUCGUCCGCCCCUAAGGCGGACCACUCGAGCCUCGACCAUAAUCACAGGUCGACGAUAGAACACAAAAAUUCGACAUCGUUACCUUCCGACAAUACAAAAAAUCAAGAUACAGGACAACAAAAUAAUCAAGACAAAAAGAAACCACACAUAAAGAAGCCUUUAAAUGCAUUUAUGUUAUAUAUGAAAGAGAUGAGGGCAAAGGUAGUGGCCGAAUGUACCUUAAAAGAAAGCGCUGCGAUAAACCAAAUAUUAGGGAGAAGGUGGCAUUCAUUAAGUCGAGAGGAGCAGCAGCGGUAUUACGAAGCAGCCAGGCACGAAAGACAACUACACCAACAAAAGUAUCCCGGUUGGAGCGCUAGAGAUAACUAUGGCUACGGCAGCAAAAAGAAGAAACGGAAGAAAGAGCGAUCCGCUGAUCCCGCCGGAGGUAACAAUAUGAAGAAGUGUCGAGCAAGGUUCGGUCUGGAUCAACAAAGCCAAUGGUGCAAACCCUGCAGGCGUAAGAAGAAGUGUAUCAGAUACAUGGGGGAGGGAGGAGAGGGCGACGGCGACAACGAGCCCGACGACGACCACUCCGAGGACAAUCUGGGCAGCGUGGGCGAGGCCGGCACGCCCGAGGACGACGAGUCCCUCAGCAGUCCGGGCGGCCUGUCGGGCCUCUCGAGCCUGGCCAGUCCGUCCCUAGUGCUGCCAUCGCCCUCGAGCCUGGCCAGCCCGUGUCCGCUUACCCCGCCUGUGUCGGUGGUCAGCGUCGGCUCCAACAACAAUCAUCAUCAUCAUCAGCAGCAGCAACAACAGCAGCAACACCACCAUCAUCAGCAGCAGCAUCAUCAGCAACAGCACCAUCACCACAAUCAUCAUCUGCAGCAGCAGCCGUCGUCGGCGGUGCCGCCACCGCCCGUGGUGCUCCAGCAACCGGCGACGCCUCAUCGCAAUCCGGUCGGCACCAAUCCCCACGACAUCAACAAUCCGCUGAGCGUGAACCAGCUGACGGGCCAGUGCAUCAAGACGGAGCCGGGCCCUCAGCAGACCAAUUCCGCCAUCAGCGUCACGUAGCCCUGGCUCAACAGGCCGCGCCGGCGACGCAUCAAUACUCAUUCUUGCAACUUUGUGAUUAUUACUACGAUGACCGUAACUGGUCAUGUUCCUGUGCCAGGUACUAUACCCCCGAUUAUUAAGAGGCGUCGGCUGCACCAUGGACCUUGUAAAACGGCGAAGCUUGUUACAACAGCGGCGGCAGUCGCAGCUUGAGGGGACGACGACGACAACGACGACUCCGUAGUCGGUCUCCAGAGAGAGACCUACACGAAUUUAUAUAGAAAUGUGUAUAUAAUAAGAGGAAAAGGCGUGUGUGUGUCCUUUCCACACACAAAUCAUCUUUGCAACAAAGUCUUUCGUCGAGUCCACGUGGUGUGAAACGAUAACUUGUUAUUUUUUAAAAGUUUACGCGUACAGGGAUAGCUUUGCGCUUCCUUCGGCUAACUCUAAUAUUAAAAUAUAUUUUAUCCCCCCC